GAGAAGAUUUUCACGCGGUUUGAAGGGCGAUGCUCAGUUGAUUGAUCUUUCUACUCUCGAAAGAACGUCCUUUGUUGACUUUGUAAGUGAAACAUUGGCUGCAUGCCUAAAAUGCCUCGUCGAUUCGUUAGGGAGUCAAAAUAUCGCCAUGUUUUCGGUGACCCGUACAAGAAAGGAGAUUGUUACGAUGGUAUCGACAUAUCGAAAAAUUCUUGGGAUGGCGGGAAUUAUUGUGCCGUGAAUUCGAAAUAUAUAGCGGUGGUGUUGGAAGGACAGGGCGGAGGAACGUUUACAGUAUUACCAGUGGAAAGCACUGGCCGCCGAGAUACUAACAUACCGAAAGUGAGUGGCCACAAAGGAAAAGUAUUGGAUAUUCAAUUCAACCCGUUCAACACAAAUAUUAUCGCCUCUGCUGCAGAAGAUGCGAGAAUUAAGAUCUGGAGAAUACCAGAAAGCGGAGUAACAAGCAAUAUGUCAGAAUCUGUGAUUGAUUUGGUUGGACACAGUAAAAAGGUUGGUUGCAUACAAUGGAAUCCAGUUGCUAACAACAUACUCGCCAGCGCAGGUUUUGAUAACAACGUUAUAAUAUGGAACGUUGAGACAGGAAGUAAAGAACAUGUUAUCCGUGGUCACACUGACACAAUAAAUUGUUUAACAUGGAACACGAAUGGUACUCUUCUUGCUACGACAUGUAAAGAUAAGAAUGUUAGAGUGAUUGAUCCAAGAGAGGAAAAGAUUUUAUUUGAAUUCAAAGCUCAUGAAGGCAGCAAACCUUGUCGAGUUUUUUUCGUAGAUGAAAACAGAUUGCUGACUGUAGGCUGCAGUACAAGUGCAGAGAGAGAAUUAUGCUUGUGGAAUACGGACUCUCUUGAUACUCCCAUCACUAAAAAUGAACUGGAUCAAGGUUCUGGAAACAUGCUGGCAAUGUUUGAUGAUACGAGGAAGAUUCUUUAUGUUGCUGCCAAGGGUGACUGCAAUAUUCGUUACUUUGAAGUCAGUGAUGAAAGUCCGUUCAUUCAUUUUCUAAGUGCUUAUGGUAGCACUACUCCUCAACGUGGUUUUGGUGUAUUGCCUCAAAGAGCAUUGGAUGUAAGCAAGUGUGAGAUUGCUAGAUUUUAUAAACUCACAUCAAAAAGCAUGUGUGAACCAGUAUCCAUGGUUGUACCACGAAAAUCGGAUUGUUUCCAUGAGGACAUAUAUCCUUCUGUCCCGGGCGAUGAACCUGCUUUAACUGCCCAGCAAUGGCUGGACGGUGAAAACGCUGAACCAAUUCUAAUCUCGCUGGAAAAUGGGUUCGUGCCAACCGAGAAGACAUUCACCGUAGACAAAACCAGGACCAGUAAACCUGCUCCGAACAAAAUAUCGGCUACUAAACUUAAUGAUGACCUUCGAAAUUCGUUCAACCAACAACAAGAUGAAUUAAAGAAAUUGAAAGAGGUUUUGAUAGAAAGAGAUCGACGCAUUGAGGAGUUGGAGAGAGAGAUGAAGAGAAUGAAGUCAUCAGAUGAGACGGACAACCACGAAGAUGAUAUUGAAGAGGAAGAAGAAGAGGAAGAAGAAGAAGAGGAAGUACAUUCGGAACCGGAGAUCAUAUCAGAUGACGCUCCCACCAUCAUUCCUGUCGCUUGAAACUCUAAAAUCUUUGGAAUGACAACAUUUGAAAGAACAUAUGUAAAUCGUAGUAGAAGGUCUUUCACCGGAAAGACAUCUUUGUUUUUUGAUAAAUUUUUUAAACAUAA